AUGAAGGAGUCCAAGGGAGCUUCAGAUGAGGCAAUUCUUGGGCACUUUGUAUCCAUUACAGUUGGUGAUUAUGCUCUCAAGACCUUUGAGAAAUACCCAGAUUCUUCUGCAGUAAAUGGUUGUGUAAUUCCAAAGAACUAUCAGCACAUCCUGGCCUCUGCUUUUACCAUCCGCCAGAUCAACCAGAAUGCUCAAAUUUUGCCCAAUAUCACAUUGGGUUACAAGAUUUAUGACAAUUCUUUUAAUCCCUGGAGAAGCUGCUGGACCACCCUGGAUCUUCUCUUCCUGGGCAAAGGGCAACCCCUCAAUUACAACUGUGGUAGGAAAGGGAAAGUUCUGGCCGCCAUUGGUGGGCUCACUUCUGAAAACUCCAGGCAGAUGGCCAACAUCUUCAGUAUCUACAAUAUACCUCAGGGCAGAGUUAAUGACACCAUGAUGGUUCCUUCAAGCAGAAAAUUGAGCGGUUUUGUGAAAUUUCAUUGCAGUGUAAUUCCAAAGAACUAUCAGCACAUCCUGGCCUCUGUUUUUGCCAUCCGCCAGAUCAACGAGAAUGCUCAAUUUUUAUCCAAUAUCACAUCGGGUUACAAGAUUUAUGACAAUUCUUUUAAUCCCUGGAGAACCUGCUUGACCACUACGGAUCUUCUCUUCAUGAGCAGAGGGCAUCCCCUCAAUUACAAUUGUGGCAGAAAGGAGAAGGUUCUGGCCGCCAUUGGUGGGCUCACUUCAGAAAACUCCAGGCAGAUGGCCACAAUCUUCAGUAUAUACAAUAUUCCUCAGCUCAGCUAUGGCUCCAUCAGUCCUGCUUUACGUGACAAGAGUCGGUUCCAUUCUUUGUACCGGAUGGUCCCCAACGAAGAUGCUCAGUAUGAUGGGAUUAUUCAGCUCUUGAAGUACUUUGGAUGGAACUGGAUUGGUGCUGUCAUUUCCGAGGAUGACAGUGGAGAAUCCUUCCUUCAGACCUUGAGACCAAGGCUUGUACAGAAUCAUAUUUGCAUUGCUUGGACAGAGAUGAUCCCAAUAAUGACAGUGUUCUUGCCAGAAAACGUAAGGUGGGAGAGGAUGCGAUCAAUCUAUCAGACUCUUUCUCUGAGUGAAAUUAACGUGAUUCUUGUGUAUGGAGACAGGCAGUCUCUGGAGGGGUUACGAUUAGUUUUAGACAUCUUUGAAUUUGGGAAAAUGCAGCCUCAAAGGAGGGUGUGGGUGACCACGGCUCAGUGGGAUUUCACAGCUUUACCUGCUGGGAUAAAACUGACCACAAAAUCUUUCCAUGGAUCCUUGUCCUUCAAACUCCACACAAACGUGGUGCCAGGUUUUGAGAACUUUCUGGAGAAUAUGAAUCCAUAUCAGGAUCAGAUUUAUUUCAUCCAUCAGUUUUGGUGUACUGCAUUUCUCUGUUCAUUGCCACUUUAUAACCUCACUUUUCCAAAUCAAAAGACUUGUAGUGGGAGGGAGAAGCUGAGGAGCCUUCCUGGAAGUGUGUUUGAAAUGGGCAUGUCUGGCCAGAGCUACAGUACCUACAAUGCUGUUUAUGCUAUAGCUCAUGCGCUCCAUGCAGCCUUUUCAACAAGAGCUACGCAGCAGCGGAAGGGGCCAGGAGAGAAAUGGAGCCUCCAGCACAUUCAGCCAUGGCAGCUUCACUCAUUUUUAAGAAACGUUCGGUUUAACAAUAGUGCUGGGGAAGAAAUAUUUUUUAAUGAGAAAGGAGAUUUGGAAGCAGGAUAUGAUAUCAUCAAUUUUGUCGGGUUCCCCAACGAAUCCUUCCAGACAAUCCGGGUUGGAAGUGUGAACCCUGCGGCUCCUGUGGGCCAGAGAUUCGUGUUGAAUGGAAGUGCCAUCAAGUGGAAUGAGAAGUUUAAUGAGAGUCCACCCAAGUCCACCUGUGUGGAGAGAUGCCACCCUGGAGAGAGCAUGUCUGUCCAACUGGGGAAGCAGGUGUGCUGCUAUGAUUGUGUUGCAUGCCCUAACGGGAGGAUUUCGCUCCAGAUGGAUGCAAAAGAUUGCCAGGAGUGCCCCGAGGACCAGUAUCCAAACAAGAAUCAAGAAAGUUGUAUUCCCAAAGCCCUAAGCUACCUCUCUUAUGAGGAAUCCUUGGGCUCAGUACUGACUUGCUUGGCCCUCUUCCUUUCUAUCACCACCAUCAUGGUGAUGGGGACUUUCAUUCAGUACCGACACACUCCCAUGGUCAAAGCCAACAACUGGAGCAUCACCUGUGCCCUCCUCUCCUCUCUCCUCCUCUGUUUCCUCUGUUCCUUCUUCUUCAUUGGACAGCCUGGAACACUCACCUGCCUUCUGAGACAAAUGGUGUUUGGCAUCGUCUUCUGUGUAUCUGUUGCUUGUGUCUUAGCCAAAACCAUCACUGUGAUAGUAGCCUUCAUGGCCACAAAACCUGGACUUGGGAUGAGGAGAUGGGUUGGGAAGCGGCUGGCAGGGUCAGUUAUCACAGUGUCUUCUCUUAUUCAGGCUGGUAUCUGUGUGGCCUGGUUGAUUACUUCUCCCCCCUUCCCAGAGUUUGACAUGCAUUCUGAGACUGACAAAAUCUUAGUUCAAUGUAAUGAAGGUUCAGAUCUCAUGUUCUAUCUUGUCCUGGGGUACAUGGGGCUGUUAGCCAUCAUAAGUUUCACAGUGGCUUUCUUUGCCCGCAAGUUGCCAGAUACUUUUAAUGAAGCCCAAUUAAUCACUUUCAGCAUGUUGAUGUUUUGCAGUGUUUGGGUGUCUUUUCUGCCAGCCUACCUGAGUACUAAAGGGAAAUACAUGGUAGCUGUGGAGGUCUUCUCUAUCUUGGCUUCCAGUGGUGGCUUGCUGGGUUGUAUCUUCCUUCCCAAAUGUUAUAUUGUUAUUCUCAGGCCUGACCUGAACAAGAAGGAAAUAGUAGGGAAAAAGAUGAGAUACAGGUGA